CACUGUCGCAUCAUCAAAAAUGUCCAGGUUCUCUACAGUGAGCAGUCUCCUUUAAGCCACGACCUCAUUCUUAACCUGACUCAGGAUGGGAUCAAACUACUGUUUGAUGCUUUCAAUCAAAGACUUAAGGCAGAGUGGACAAAGAGAAAGGUCUUCCUUUUUCCGUUGGUUCACCCCGCAAUGGCUGCUGCAGCCGGUGUGCUACGGCCAGCACACUGCUGAUCCGAAGCCAGGAGCCAGGUGCUUCUCCUGGUCUCCCAUGCGGGUGCAGGGCCCAGAGACUUGGGCCAUCCUCCACUGCACUCCCGGCCCACAGCAGAGAGCUGGCCUGGAAGAGGAGCAACCGGGACAGAAUCUGGCGCUUGACCGGGGCUAGAACCCGGUGUGCCAGCACUGCAGGCAGAGGAUUAGCCUAGUGAGCCGUGGCACCGGCCUCAACCUUUUUCCUUUUUCCUCCCCAGCCUCUAUAAAAUGAUAAUCACCAUUAUAGUUUCAACUUUUAUAUGGUAACCCUUUUUUAGUCUCCACAUAUGAGUGAGAUCACGUGGUACUUGUUUUUCUGUGAUUGGCUUAUUUCACUUAGCCUAAUGACUUCCAGUUGCAUCCAUAUUGUUGCAGACGACAAGAUUUCAUCCUUUUCUAUAGCUAAUAUUGAGUUGUAUAUAUGUGUCUUGAUAUUUCAUCUGAGGCUGAACAUACUAAAAUGCAAAACUUCAGGGCUGCAUUGUGGCAUAGUAGUUUAAGCUGCCACCUACAAUGCCAGCAUCCCAUAUGAGCUCUGGUUCAAGUUUUGGCUGCUCCACUUCCAAUCCAGCUCCAUGCUAUUUGCCUAGGAAAGCAGCAGCAGAUGGCCCAAGGGUUUAGGCUCUUGGCUUCAGCUUGGCCCAGCCCUGGCCAUUGCAGCCUUUUGUGAAUAAACCAGUGGAUGGAAGAUCAAUCGAUCUGUCUCCCUCCCCACGUCUCUGUAACUCUGCCAUUCAAAUAAAUAAAUCUUUAAGAAAUCUGGGUUAUAUAUAUAUGCCUGGGAAAGAUGUAGAUGGGGUGAAAAGGAAAUGGAAGAGAGGAGAGAAUUGUUUAAAAAAAAAAACCUUCACAAGAGUCUUGAGGCUCAUCAGAUUGUUCAGCCAUUUCAUCUGUCUUAGGGAUAUGACCAAAUACUCACGCUUGCCCUGAGCCAAUACUUUUUGUUUUGUAAACAAAAUAAACUUCAAAAUAAGCUGUUUUUGGAAUAACUGGAUUUGAGUUUUUAUAAUGCAGCAAAGUAUGGAGUAGAAGGAAUGGGCUCAGUGUUCAAUGCAUAUAGCCUUAAGAGGCUGCAUACAUUUGUUUCUGUGGAAGAUGUUGCUGUCCUGUGGGGUGGGGUGUGCCCCAGUGUGACUCAGCUGUGGACUAGAUACAAGGACCUUGACCCAUGAGCAAUCCACUGGAAGAGAGAAGGGGAGCGGAGUUAUGGUGAUUGAAGUAUAUGACUUAACGAAAGUAAAAUUAAAAUAUUGUGGAGUGCAUUUCAAUUCUCAGGCCAUAGCUCCUACCAUUGAGCAGAUUGACCAGUCUUUCGGCGCAACCCAUCCUGGAGUGUACAACUCCGCUGAGCAGCUCUUCCACCUCAACUUCAGAGGACUGUCUUUUUCUUUUCAGUUAGACUCCUGGACUGAGGCUCCCAAGUAUGAGCCCAAUUUUGCCCAUGGUCUAGCUUCUCUCCAAAUACCCCAUGGAGCAACUGUAAAACGAAUGUACAUCUACAGUGGAAACAGCCUACAGGAUACCAAGGCUCCUGUGAUGCCCCUGAGCUGUUUCCUGGGCAAUGUUUAUGCUGAGAGUGUAGAUGUUCUUCGAGAUGGAACUGGACCCUCAGGCUUACGACUUCGUCUACUUGCUGCAGGUUGUGGGCCCGGCCUGUUGGCAGAUGCCAAGAUGCGGGUAUUUGAACGUUCAGUAUAUUUUGGUGAUUCCUGCCAAGAUGUUCUUAGCAUGCUCGGCUCUCCACACAAGGUUUUCUAUAAAUCUGAAGACAAGAUGAAAAUUCAUUCUCCUUCCCCUCAUAAGCAAGUUCCAUCUAAGUGCAAUGACUACUUUUUUAACUAUUUCACUCUCGGAGUGGACAUCCUGUUUGAUGCAAAUACACACAAAGUGAAGAAGUUUGUCCUGCACACCAAUUACCCUGGACAUUAUAAUUUUAACAUCUAUCACCGCUGUGAGUUCAAGAUCCCACUAGCCAUAAAGAAAGAAAAUGCAGAUGAUCAGACAGAAACGUGUACAACCUACAGCAAGUGGGACAACAUCCAGGAGCUCCUGGGUCACCCUGUGGAGAAGCCUGUUGUCCUGCACAGGUCCUCCUCUCCAAACAACACCAACCCAUUUGGCUCCACAUUCUGCUUCGGCCUUCAGCGUAUGAUCUUUGAGGUCAUGCAGAACAACCACAUUGCCUCAGUGACCCUGUAUGGCCCCCCCAGGCCUGGUGCCCACCUGAGAACAGCGGAGCUCCCCUAGGGACGUCAACCCCAUGCCUCUCUGCCCCGUGGAAAUGCGCAUCGCAUCCUGCUCAGCAGGCCUCUGUGUGCCACACUGUGGGUUUUCUUGGACGCUUUGCCAGUGUUGAAGGGAGGGGGCUUGGUCUGGGUGUUCUGCGUGGGGUGAGGAGUCCAGAUUUGCCUCUGUGCGUCCUCAGCCUGCUGGCACCGGCAGGGGACACAGACUGCAAAGAGAAGCACAAACUUUGAGCCUUGAUACCUGGACCCAGGAGCUCUUGACUAAUGCGCAAGGAGGCAGGAUGUGUCAACACCUGUCCCACACACAUUGGGAAAACUUGGGGCUCUUUCUGUGGCUGAGGACAGGGUCCUGCCUUUGGCCCCACAUUGCCACGUGACCCGUAAGUCAGGCAGGUGGUGUGUGUCCAUUGUACUCGGUUGCAACGUUUGCACUACAUCCACUUUAGUUACUUGAUGAGCUGGUUGUGGCCAAAGUGGCCCACCCCCCCUCCCUGUUCCUUUCUUGCACGCUCUCCCUGCCAGGCCCAGUAGGCACAGCCAACUGGUUGAAACACAGCUUUCUACUGCCUAGCUCUGUGCCCAGGCCUGGCUCUCACUCCUCUUGAGCCAGCUCUCAAGGUCGCCUAUGCCUCCACUCUGCCCCAGCCUGGCUGGCAGGGGUGCAUGUUUCCAUCCUGUUUGCCUCUUUUAUUUAAUGCCAAAGUUUUAGCCAAAGACAUCUUCCUUCUGUUGUCUCAGCAUUCUGCUCUGCACUGCGGGCCGGCCCCCUGCCCCGACAGUGGGCACUGUCCCCUAGCCAGGCCCAGGGCUCACGGGCUCUGGGCGCCCACGGCAGGCUGGGCUGCUCGGUCUCAUCAUGGAUCUUGCUAACAGAAAGCAGCAUAGAUGUGCUUUAAAAAUAUUAAUCCUUUUGAAAAGAAUUGAGAAGAGAAAUGUAUAAUUUUAUCCCAUUUUUAAUAUUUUGGUCUAGCAACUUGUGAUACAUAGAUGACAAUUUUGUGAGUUUUUCAAAUGUGUGUACAGAUUUUUUUGUAAAUAUGACUUUUGUAAUUAACUCAUGUACAGCCUCAUCCUGUAUAGUUCAGUGAAGAAUGUGCAGGGGACCUGCCCCAAGCUCCUAGGUGGUUCCUUGGCCUACAGCCAAGCUUGUGUGGCGCUCCCAUGACUGGUGUCUUCCCAUUUGGACUGUGGCCUGGCCAGUGAUUCCUGCAUACCCCACUGUCAGGAGCAGCCAGGACUGUGCCCGUCCUGGAGUGGGGACCCUUCCUCAUCCCUGCCCGCAUCCCCUCUCCAAUAAAGCACCUGUGCUCUCAGCAGCGGCCUGCCAUGUGCUGUUGCUGGGAUGUUUCUACCAAAAUAA